AUGGACUGGCACUUUUUUAGAACGGCCGCAGUGCUGUUCAUUUUUCUGGUGGUGGUGGAAGUUAACAGUGAAUUUCGAAUCCAGGUAAGAGAUUACAACGCUAAAAAUGGCACCAUCAAGUGGCAUUCGAUCAGAAGGCAAAAACGUGAAUGGAUCAAGUUCGCCGCAGCCUGCCGUGAAGGUGAAGACAAUUCAAAGAGGAACCCAAUUGCCAAAAUUCACUCAGACUGUGCUGCAAACCAGCAAGUUACAUACCGCAUCUCUGGAGUAGGAAUUGAUCAGCCACCUUAUGGAAUCUUCAUUAUUAAUCAAAAAACUGGUGAAAUUAAUAUAACAUCCAUAGUUGAUCGAGAGGUCACCCCUUUCUUCAUUAUCUAUUGCCGGGCUCUGAAUUCCCUGGGUCAAGAUUUAGAGAGGCCUCUUGAGCUCAGAGUCAGGGUUUUGGAUAUAAAUGACAACCCUCCUGUAUUUUCUAUGUCUACAUUUCUAGGACAAAUAGAAGAAAAUUCUAAUGCAAAUACACUGGUGAUGAGACUCAAUGCUACUGAUGCAGAUGAACCAAAUAAUUUGAACUCAAAAAUAGCCUUCAAGAUCAUAAGACAGGAACCUUCUGAUUCACCAAUGUUUAUUAUCAAUAGAAACACUGGAGAAAUUCGAACAAUGAAUAAUUUUCUAGACAGAGAGCAAUAUAGCCAGUACUCCCUUGCUGUGAGAGGCUCGGACCGAGAUGGUGGGGCAGACGGCAUGUCAGCAGAGUGUGAGUGCAACAUUAAAAUCCUUGACGUUAAUGAUAACAUCCCAUACUUGGAACAGCCUUCAUAUGCUGUUACUAUUGAAGAAAAUGCUCUACAUUCAAAUUUGGUCGAGAUGAGAGUAAUUGAUUUGGAUGAAGAGUAUUCGGCUAACUGGAUGGGAGUCAUUUUCUUUAUCUCUGGAAAUGAGGGAGGUUGGUUUGACAUUGAAAUGAAUGAAAGAACAAAUGUGGGAAUUUUAAAGGUUGUUAAGCCCCUAGAUUAUGAAGAUAUGAAGAAUCUGCAACUUAGUAUUGGUGUCAGAAAUAAAGCUGAAUUUCAUCAUUCAAUUAUGUCUCAAUAUAAACUCACAGCAACUGCAGUCUCUGUGACUGUGACAAAUGUAAUUGAAGGCUCAGUGUUCCGUCCAGGUUCAAAGACAUAUGUAGUGACUAGCAACAUGGGACAAAAUUAUAAAGUGGGAGACUUUGUAGCUACUGACCUGGAUACAGGUCGAGCUUCAACAACUGUUAGAUAUGUAAUGGGAAAUAAUCCUGCUAACCUACUCGAUGUCGACUCAAAAACAGGCAUAAUUACCUUGAGAAAUGCAGUCACUAUGGAACAGUAUCAAAUGCUUGGGGGGAAAUACCAAGGAACAAUUCUAUCUAUAGACGAUAAUCUUCAAAGAACUUGUACCGGAACAAUUAAUAUUAACCUUGAGGGUUCUGGCUGGCCAACGGGUAAUAAGGAUAAUGAGGGAACCACUACUGACAGCGGUGGUGACACCAGUACUAACACAGUCGACAAAACUUCCACUGAUUACAACACUGAUACCAAUACAGGCAGCGGCACCUAUGAUGAACAAGGUGGUCGGACACUCUCCGAUAAUGUCCAUUUUGGUCCUGCGGGCAUUGGACUACUCAUCAUGGGAUUCUUGGUCCUAGGAUUGGUCCCAUUUUUGUUGAUGUGUUGUGACUGCGGAGGCGCCCCUGGCGGGGGCGCUGGCUUUGAGCCUGUCCCCGAAUGUUCAGAUGGAGCGAUUCACUCCUGGGCAGUAGAAGGACCACAGCCGCCUCCCUUGGAUGUGGGCACUGGCUGUGUACCCCCGAUAAUAACUGGUAAUGGAAAUCUAAUUGAAUGCAUUGACACCUCAGGAGUUUACACAAAUGAGUAUGGUGGCAGAGAAAUGCAAGAUCUCGGAGGAGGAGAAAGAACAACAGGAUUUGAACUAACAGAAGGAGGUAAAACACCAGGAGUACCUGAGAUAUGUCAAGACUAUUCUGGAACAUUAAGAAGAAAUUCUAUGAGGGAAUGUAGGGAAGGAGGUCUGAAUAUGAACUUCAUGGAAAGUUAUUUCUGUCAGAAAGCAUAUGCUUAUGCGGAUGAAGACGAAGGACGCCCAUCCAAUGACUGUUUGCUCAUCUACGAUAUUGAGGGUGUAGGUUCCCCUGCUGGCUCUGUAGGUUGUUGUAGCUUCAUUGGAGAAGAUGUGGAUGACAGCUUUCUGGACACACUGGGCCCCAAAUUUAAGAAGCUGGCAGAUAUCAGCCUGGGAAAAGAAUCUGACCCAUAUCCAGACCCCAGUCCCUCUUGGCCACCUGAGAGCACCGACCCGAUCUGUCCUCAGCAGGGAACAGAGCCCGUCACUGGUGGACACCCACCCAUCUCCCCACACUUCGGCACUACCACAGUCAUCUCUGAGAAUACCUACCCCUCAGGACCUGGUGUACAGCAUCCGAUGCCUAUUCCUGAUCCUCUGGGCUAUGGUAAUGUCACUGUGACCGAAUCUUACACCACCUCUGGCACUCUAAAGCCCUCUGUCCAUGUUCAUGAUAACCGGCAUGCAGCAAACGUAGUGGUGACCGAGAGGGUGGUGGGCCCAAUCUCCGGCACUGAUCUGCAUGGAAUGUUAGAGAUGCCUGACUUGAGAGAUGGGUCAAACGUUAUAGUGACAGAAAGAGUAAUAGCACCAAGUUCGAGUCUACCCACCUCUUUGACCAUACCUGAUCCUAGAGAGUCAUCAAAUGUGGUAGUGACAGAAAGAGUCAUUCGACCGGCUUCUGGCAUGAUGGGCAAUCUAAGUAUACAUCCUGAGUUAUCAAGUGCCCAAAAUGUGAUUGUGACGGAGAGGGUUGUUUCUGGCUCUGGAAUAGGCGGAAUCAGUGGCCCUGCCGGGAUAAGUGGAGGCGGUGGCCUGGCUGGCAAUGCAGCUGGAAUAAGUGGCGGUGGCAUUGGGCUGAGCAGCCUGGGAGGAGGUGGGGGCCUGAGUAGCAGCAUGGGAGGGACAGCCACCAUUGGCCACAUGAGGAGUUCCUCGGACUUUAGCCAGACCCUUGGAUCUGCCUCCCCUAGUACGGCCCGAAGUCGAAUCACAAAGUACAGUACAGUACAAUAUACGAAGUAG